AUGUCUCUGAGAUCGAAGCCCCUGCAGUACCAGCACUUCCACGUCUCCUUCCCGCAAGAGCGGGUGGUCCUGGUCACGUUGAACCGCCCCGAGAAGUUGAACUGCAUCGACAACGCCACGAGCAACGAGAUCAAGAACAUAUGGGAGUGGUUCGACGAGGAUGAAAGCCUCUGGGUGGGCAUCAUCACGGGCGCCGGCCGGGCGUUUUGCACCGGUGCCGAUCUGCAGGAAUGGAACGCAAUGAACGCGGCGGGCGAGGUGAACUCUAUGGCGGCGCCAGGCCUGGCCGGACUCCCGCGCCGCAGCGGCAAGAAACCGAUCAUCGCGGCCGUGAACGGCAUCACGAUGGGCGGCGGCUUCGAGAUGGUCGCCAACUGCGACAUGGUGGUGGCAGCCGCAUCGGCCGUCUUCUCGCUGCCCGAGGCCAAGCGCGGCAUCGUGCCCGUCGCGGGAUGUCUGCCGCGGCUGACGCGGACCCUCGGUCUGCAACGCACAUCGGAUCUCGUACUGACGGGGCGGCGAGUCAGCGCGACGACGCUGCACGAGUGGGGCCUCAUUGGGCGGUUAGUGGAGGAUGGCGCCGAUGUCGUGGGCGCGGCGGUCCAGGUCGCGGAAGAAAUGUGCACCAAUAGCCCCGACGCGCUGGUCGUGGGACGCCUGGGCAUCCGGCUGGCGUGGGAGCAGGGCAACGCCGAGGAAGCGGUAUCGCAGCUGGAGCAUCAAUGGUACCCUCGGCUAGUCGAGGGCGACAACUUUAAGGAAGGCAUCCGGGCGUUUGUGGAGAAGCGGGCGCCACGGUGGGUGAAUUCGAAGCUGUGA